AUGGAAGUGGGGAUGGGAGGAACGAACGACUUUGCAAAGUCGCAAACAGACAGCGGAGUCAUCCACUUCCUCAGCGGGAUGGACACAGAGGACCAGAAAGAGUGGAGAUAUGUCACAUUUAAUGGGUCCGAAAUAAGGUACCUGAGUACUUCGUUGGGCCGCACGAUGAUGGAUACUAUGCUAAGGUAUGAAUGCCUACCCGAGUCUCCGAGGUGGCAUCAGAGUGUCAAGGACAAAGGGCGUGGAGGACGACAGUACCACAGCCUGAAUGUGUAUGUGACCAUUGAGCACUCAAGUUGGUGUGAGAUGGCGCUAUCUAUCUCAGAUAUCCGAAUCUUUAUGGAGCAUCAGUCUGUCCUGUCAUUCUUGUCAGCUGAGGUUCUCGUCCUGACAAAGAACUUUCAAGCACUCACGGUCCUCGACGAAUCCCCCGUUUUCCCCGUGUGGCCCAGUCCGCCCCGUGUGGAGCAGCUCGGAGUUGGCCGAGGCAGGGCGCAAUUGAAGAUUCGGAUCAAGCAUGUGCUUCAUCAACACGAAUAG